AAUUUCCAGUCCAGUACGACGAAUCCACUGCCAGCGGGGCAGGGGCAGGGGCAGGCAGGGAAUGAUACCAAAUGGCCACCAAAAUAUCCUCUCCUUCUGACUUUCGCACUUUUUGUGGAUACUGAACAAUUAGCGGUCCAAUCCUCCUCUUCUGAAAAUUUCAAACAAAAGGAAAAAACCCGACAAAACGCCGGAGGAAAGGAAAGGAAAGGAAACGACGUAGCUUUUAGUCUUCAGAGAGUAUGGGACACGGGAGCUCAAAGGAGGACGACUCCUCUUCUUCUUCUUCAUCGGAUGCAGAUACUAAACCCUCACGUAUCUCUCGGUUGAAGCAGCGACUGCAUCUUCAUCGCCAUCGUCACCACCGUGCACGUGGCUCUUCUUCUCAGCAGAAACUCAAUACCGCCGAGGAUUUCGCCGGCAUUGCUCUCCUUACUCUAAUUAACGCGGAGAUGAAGUUUAAGGACAAGUGGCUGGCUUGUGUUUCAUUUGGAGAGCAAACGUUUCGAACAAACAUUUCUGAUCAAACUGACAAACCCAACUGGAACUGUGAGAGGAAACUUCUUUUGGAAAGAAAUGGACCUCGGGUUGCCAGAAUCUCAGUAUUUGAGACCAAUAGGUUAUCAAAGAAUAAUCUCAUUGGGUACUGUGAUAUCAGUCUACUUGACUAUCUAGCACGGGAUUCAGAUUCUGACUUCGAGGCAUUUGACCUGCUUGAUCCUGUGUCAUCUGACAUAGUUGUUGGCCGCAUUUGUCUUUCCUGUGAUGUUGAGGAUCCAAUUGAAACAGAGAAAAAUUUUGCAAGAAGAAUCUUAUCAAUAGUGGACUAUAAUGAAGAUGGGAUGCUUUCGAUGUCUGAGUUUUCUGACUUAAUUAAUGCUUUUGGCAAUAAUGUGGCAGGUAGCAAGAAAGAGGAGCUUUUUAAAGCCGCUGAUAAAAAUGGGGACGGUGUUGUGAGCAUGGAUGAGUUGGCUGCACUUCUUGCUCUUCAACAAGAAAAAGAACCACUUAUGAAUUGCUGCCCGGUCUGUGGUGAGAUAGUUGAAGUCUCUGAUAAGCUGAACACUGUGAUUCAUUUGACUCUGUGUUUUGACGAAGGAACUGGUAACCAGGUUAUGACAGGAGGAUUCUUGACUGAGAAUCAGGCCUCAUAUGGGUGGAUGUUCAAACUAAGUGAGUGGGCUCAUUUUUCAUCAUACGAUGUUGGUUUGAACUCUGGGUCAAGUGCUUCACAUAUUUUGGUCUUUGACCGAAAGACAAAGAGGCUGGUUGAAGAACUAAUUGAUGCAAAGAUUGUUCUAUCAAUGAGAGCCAUUUACCAGUCAAAAAUAGGACUUGGCCUUAUGGAUAAAGGAGCAAAGGAAAUCUUGCAAAGCAUUUCGGAGAGGCAAGGAAGACAGAUGAAUUCAGUUGAAUCUGCUAAAGAUAUAUUAAAGUUUGUUGAAUUUUUCAAGGAUCAAAUUAAUAUGGCUGAAGUCAAGUAUCCUUUGGAUCAUUUUAAGACAUUUAAUGAAUUUUUUGUGAGAGAGUUAAAGCCUGGAGCAAGACCAGUUGCUUCCAUGGAGCGUGAUGAUGUAGCUGUCUGUGCUGCUGAUAGUCGGUUGAUGGCAUUUAAAUCAGUACAAGAUAGUCUACGACUUUGGAUCAAGGGUCGAAAGUUUUCGAUUCAAGGUCUUCUGGGGAAAGAAAUCUGUUCAAGUGCUUUUAUUGAUGGAACUUUGGUGAUAUUCAGGUUGGCCCCACAGGACUAUCAUAGGUUUCAUUUUCCAGUUUCUGGGACCAUUGAGCAAUUUGUAAAGAUUCCUGGAUCCUUAUACACGGUUAAUCCUAUUGCUGUCAAUAGCAAAUAUUGUAAUGUUUUCACAGAGAAUAAACGAGUGGUGUCCAUUAUUUCUACUGCAGAGUUUGGAAAGGUGGCAUUUGUGGCAAUUGGAGCAACUAUGGUUGGUAGCAUAACUUUUGUGAAGAAGGAAGGUGAUGUUGUGAAAAAAGGAGAUGAGUUUGGAUAUUUCUCAUUUGGUGGGAGCACAGUGAUUUGUGUCUUUGAAAAGGAUGCAAUUAAGAUAGAUGAUGACCUCUUAGCAAACAGUGGAAGAUCACUUGAGACUUUAGUUUCUGUUGGAAUGUCGCUGGGCAUCUCCACAAAGAAGCCAGCUGGAUCAGAGUUGCCAAACUUGGAAAGCUGCGUUUUGGGGGAUUGAAUGCCUGGAUGUAGUUGCUGACCACUGGCAUGUAUCUGUAAUAACCCUACUUUCCUCGACACUUUUAACUGCUGGAACAUGUUAUUUCUUUGCUGAUUGUGAAUUUCUUGCUGGAUUUGUAAGUAAAAAAUGGUGGAUCAGACCUUAGUCGCACAUAAUCUUUGAAAUAUAUAGUAACUGGUAGGGUUUCUUUCCCUCUGGAUUUUCUUUA